ACAAAGGUAUAAUUUCACCAUUGAACCACCAAAUAAGAAAAGAAUUCCCUGCUACGUAUAUUUUUCAUUUCGAUCACACGCAAUAACUUACGUACUGCUCACAGUUAAAGGAGACAGAGAGAGUAAAAACCACACUAAUUUCCUCACAAAACUCUCUGCCAAAUUCUCAUUUCUCUUCCGCACCUUCCGAUCCGACAAAUUUUGCUUAUAGAGAAAUCUGAGGCUUCGCUUUUGCUAUCAAAUCGAAAAUCUACGCUUCUGAGUUCUGUUCGUUCCUCUAAUUCUUAUGAAUUUUUCCAGAAUCGACCUCGGUUGACAUCAUCCUAUGGAGGAACUAUGGGGGCUCUUUUGCCAGCUACCAGAUGUUUGGUAUUGUCAUGAUCAAAGUGCUAGAGUUCAUAUAACAGCUUAAUGAACAACGUACAGAGGAACAGUCUUGGAGAGAGGAAUGUGGAACAGGCCAUUACAGCCUUAAAAAGAGGAUCAUACCUACUGAAGUAUGGACGCAAAGGAAAGCCAAAGUUCUGCCCUUUUCGUCUUUCUACUGAUGAAACAAGACUGAUAUGGUAUGUUGAAAAGGAAGAGAAACAGCUUCAAUUGAGUCAGGUUUCAAGGAUUAUUCCCGGUCAACGAACUGCAAAUUUUCAGCGGUUUCCUAGACCUGAGAAGGAAUAUCAGUCAUUUUCACUUCUAUAUGGCAAAAGUUCCUUGGAUUUGAUCUGCAAAGAUAAGGAAGAGGCAGAAGUCUGGUUUGUUGCUCUCAGGGCCUUGACAUCUCGGGUUGACUGUCAAAAGUGGACAAACGAUAUAAGACAUGAUAUAGCAUAUUCUGAUGGUUCACCUUCUGUGACACAACGAAGUUCUCACUCUGCUUUGUCAAGUAGUAGUGGAAGCAGCAGUACACCCUAUGAGGACCCAAAGAAAAAUCUAUUGGGUUCAGUUCCAUCUCAGAGUCCUCCAAAAAAGAGAUUAGAAAGAGCGUUCUCUGACUAUUUACUUUAUAAUUCAGCGGCAAAAUGUUCUUCCCAUAGAGAGUUUGCUGCUAGUUCCCUCAGCUCAAGAUCAUAUGGAAACUUAGAUGAUGAAAUUGGGCAGAGCUCUGCAGAUACUAUCCGAUCUAGUUUCUCCAGUGCCAUUAGUUCAUCUAGCCAGGGAUCUUUCGCAAAUACUGAUACCCUCUGCGACAUUUUAAUAUGGGGAGAAGGAAUUGGUGAUGGCCUGCUUGGUGGUGGGAUUUGUGGACUUGGAAAAUUUGAAACUGCAAGAAGAGAUGCACCUUUACCAAGGACCUUGGAAUCAGCAUUACUACUUGAUGCUCAAUAUGUUGCUUGUGGGAGCAGACAUGCCGUACUAAUCACAAAGCAAGGAGAGAUUUUUAGUUGGGGAGAGGGCUUAAAUGGCAGACUAGGGCAUGGAGUAGAAUCUGACGUUUCUAGCCCAAAACUUAUUGACACUCUCUGUGGGUUGAAUGUUACAUCAGCAGCAUGCGGAGAUUAUCAUACUUGUGCCACAACAAUCAGUGGAGAUCUCUAUACAUGGGGUGAGGGUACCUUUAACUUUGGCCUCCUUGGGCAUGAUACUGGAAUCAGUCACUGGAUCCCCAAAAAAGUAAGGGGUCCUUUAGUUGGUAAGCGUGUCUCAUAUGUCUCUUGUGGUCCUUGGCAUUCAGCUGUUAUAACAUCUGUUGGCCAGCUUUUUACUUUUGGUGAUGGAACAUUUGGUGCUCUAGGUCAUGGGGAUCGUUGUAGCAUUGGUAUUCCUAGGGAAGUUGAAACUCUACAAGGACUAAGAACAGUUCGAGUGGCAUGUGGGCAUUGGCACACUGCAGCUGUGGUAGAGCUCUCUUUUGACGAUUCCAGUUCUUGUAAUUCCCCACCUUGGAAGCUUUUCACCUGGGGAAAUGGGGAUGACGGACAACUUGGACACGAAGAUAAUGCUUCUAGACUCACUCCAUGCAAAGUUGUACAGUUGGAUGGCAUUAACUUCAGUAGAGUAGCCUGUGGCCAUAGUAUUACAGUUGCUCUGACAACAUUAGGGCAAGUAUAUACAAUGGGGAAAGCUGAUUAUGGGCAACUAGGAAUUCCUGGAAGUACUGGGAAGUUUCCUUCUCGUGUUCAAGGAAAAAUUACAGAUUGUUUCAUUGAAGAAAUAGCUUGUGGCUCUUUCCAUGUAGUGUCCCUGAGCUCAAACUCUGAGCUUUACACGUGGGGAAAGGGAGGAAAUGGACAACUAGGACAUGGGGACAAUCAUGAUAGGAACACUCCUACACUAGUUGAAGCGCUGAAAGCAAAAAAAGUAAAGGAUGUGGUCUGUGGAAAUAAUUUUACUGCAGCCAUUUGUCUACACAGAGAAGUGUCUGUUGCUGAUAAUUCCAUUUGUGCUGGAUGCCAGAGUCCAUUUAAUCUCAGACGAAAACGUCAUAACUGCUACAACUGUGGGCUUGUCUUUUGCACAGUAUGCACCAGUAGAAGAUCUGUAAGAGCUUCUUUGGCUCCAAAAAUGAACAAACCUUAUCGUGUGUGUGAAGAUUGUUUUACUAAAUUGAACAGGGGCUUGGAUAUUGGAUUGACUUGUCUACCACCAAAGGCCACUAUUGGAAGCUUACAGAAGAAUACUGGAGAGAGGAGGAAAGAGACCUCGCCUUCCAAACAAAAAGGCCUUCUCUCUAGGCUGUCCUCAUUCAAUUCAUUCAGGUCUGACGAUCAACGUUUUAGAAAGAACCAGAAGCAAGAUUCAAACUCUGACAAUGUCUCUCCAAUUCCUAAUGGCAAUACUCAGAGUGAAGUAUCUCAAACAUCAAGCCGAUUGUUGUCUUUUUCUAGUUGCCCUGAGAAAUUGUCUGUUUCUUUUGUUGGAUCAACAAGUCGUUCUCAAGCUGGUUCUCCUGCUUCUUUUGAAUCAAGUUCAUCUAAUUCUGUGUUCCUGAGAUCUGCUUUUGCUGCACAAGCAAAUCACGAAGUGGAUCUUGAUGAUUCAAAGCAAACAAGUGAUAGUCUGAAAAAGGAAAUUUCCAUAUUGAAGGAGCAGGCAUAUAAGCCACAUAAUGCCCAGUGGGCAGUGGGAUGGUUUUCCAAAUCUGUUUCAGUUUGCUGCUAUUCCUGUGUCCCUGUCAGCAUGACAUUAAGCUUCUAACAUCCUUUGGCACCACUCACUGUACCCCAAAAACACACCAGAAUGGUGCCCGAAUCUUUCAGGGCCACUGUUGCUGCAUUCUGUCAUUCCUAGAAGAAUCAUUGAAGUAGAAGACACAUGUUUAAUGUUAAAAUAUCAGAAUUACUUAUCACUUUUUUAUUUUUCUAUAUUUGAGAAUUAAAAUCACAUUUGGGAACAUAUGGAAUGACUUUGAACUUGUUAUAUAAAUUGGUGGAACCAUCACUCACUAGCCCAAUGAAGGAAAAAAGAAUAAAAGAAGUAUAUAUAAUGGUCGGGCUGCAUGUGGUUGACAGUAAGUUAUUCACACUUAGGAUAUCCUGGUUUGGUUCACAAAGUUGCUGUUACUUGUUAACUAAUUGUAUAUCAUUCAAAAGUAUUGAUUGUAAUUACAUUUAGAUUUGUUUUUCUGAAGUACCAUUUAACUUAAAUAUCAACUUCCUCAUAAGACCAACUUGUCGUGGAUACAGUUUCCCUUAUAAUAUCUCCUUGCACAUAUGGUUACGACUUCUGAAUACUAUGCUGCUAGACAGUUCAAUUUCCAAUUAAUACUUGGAUUCAGUUCAUAUUGAUGUUCUUAUUUUAUUAUUCUCCUUCACUAGACGUCUUAUAUUGUUAGUAUAACCAAAAGACGCGAGAUUUUUUAGAACAUUUAUCCUGCACCAACUUUUCCUGUCUCCUCUAUAUUGCAUCUAUUAUUUAAGAGACCUGUCCUUCUGUUAACAUUCCUUCUCCAAUCUACUGCUCUGCUAUCCCAUCUUAUUUUAAGACGUCUUUUGUAUUAGACAUUUUUCUUUAGCUGGUAGUGUUUUCACCCAUAAUUUCAUAAUUUGAGCUGUUCUUAAAUUGUUUCAAAAGAGUCACAUUAGAUAGAAGUCACUAAUUAGAUCAGCAACUUAAUCCUUUAUUCCAAUUUAGUUGAAAUUAUUUUUGAAUUCCACUAAUUGAAAUCAAGUAGUUACUCUUAAAAGUUCUACACCACUUAACUAUAAUCCAACUGUUCUUGUACUUCAA